GUGUUUUCCAACACGUUUAAAUGUCAGUAUUCGUAACUAAUGUGCUCACUGUACAGUUUAUUUUAUACACAUUCAUAUAUUUGCCCAGGGGAUUCACCCCAUAUCCGUGCAAAGGCCUCAUACUACUGGGGACAUUGUUUUAUUACAGUCCAUUGUCUCCUUGACUGGAGAAGAACAAGAGAAAACUUCUGUUUAUAAUAAAAAGGUCUUGUCUCACUUGGUGUCCCCUGUCGCAAGCGAAUUGUAAUCAGAAACCAACCCCGCGCUGUCGAAACCCAACUUGUUUAUGGAAAGAGGCCACAGUUUACGCAGCAAGCAGCCUCUCUCAACAUGGCUGUCAGAUUCCGACGCACUUAUAACCAAUCAUCGGCGACUUCCAAUGCCGGCAGCAGCCUAUCAGCUAUAGGCUCUUUGUGAACUUUUAAAAGAAAAGGCCAAUGACUGCUCCCGGUAGGCGUGGCCUGGUCGUUCUCCCUUCAAGAUAGGUGGGCUUGUUGGAGCUUGCCUGUGUGCCUGGUACAGGAGCCGCGUUCCUGUCGGAGAGGCACAAGGGAAGGGACUGGGUGCUGAGAGGAGGAAGGGAACACAGCGGCAAGAUGACUCUUUUGCUGUCACAGGUCGUUCCCAGCAGCGCCUCUGGCAGCGUAGAGUCCCCGGUAAAGGAAAGGACCACUAUGGCAAUGGAGAUCGCUAAAUUCAACAUAGAGCAAAACAGCUUGUGGAUUCCUGCAGAGCAGGUUCUGUGCCACCAACAACUGCAUUAUGCCAAGAAGCUUUAUGAUUCUGCUUUUCAUCCGGACACCGGGGACAAAAUUAAUCUGAUUGGAAGAAUGUCUUUCCAAUUCCCUGGCGGAAUGGCCAUUACAGGGUGCAUGCUUCAGUUCUACAGAACUGAUCCGGCGGUGGUGUUUUGGCAGUGGGUCAACCAGUCGUUCAAUGCUUUGGUGAACUAUACAAACAGAAAUGCAGCGUCUCCAAUCACUCUCACGUAAGUGUUACUGCUGUGCGUAGAAACAACAAAGCAACACAAUGAUUCUGAGAGUAAUACAGGUAUGGGACCUGUUAUCCAGAUUGCUCAGUACCUGGGGGUUUCCAGAUAAUGGA